CACACACACACACACACACACACACACACACACACACACUUGGAGGCAGAUUGCACCAUGUCCUCCUCUGCUGGGUGACGCGGGAUGGUAGAGAGCUGUCUUUAAUCUUUCAUCUCCCCCUCUUGGUUUUCCUCACUUGGCUGCUCCCAUUUUCUCCUCUUAAGCAACAGCGAGUGGUACGUUGGCAAACCACACCCUUGAGUCCCCCUCUAGCCUGCCUAGAGACCCCGUAAAAACAGGAUUGGUCGGGAAGCCGUGUUUCCUAAUGACUGAUUAUGAUACGAUCCAAAGCUAAGCGGCAAACGCAGAAUUGUCAACACAUGGGGUGGGGGGAUGGUUCAGUCCCACAUGCUGCUUUCUGUUCAUAUUAUCUAAGCUUAUAUACCCUCAACUCCCCACCCCUUUUCUAGCCAUUUCUCUCACAUGCCCGCACCUUUGAUGCAGUUUCCCAGAGAACAGAGACGACAAGGAUGCUGCUGUGCUGCAGCGAGUCUCUUUAGACCUGUCGUGGGAGGAGUUGAGCAUCACUGCUUGUCUCUCGCCUCCCACUUUCUCUCUCUUUACCUCCCUGCGUUGAUUCAGAGCUGUGUUAGCAAGCGUCGCUUGUCCGCCCGUGGGCUGGAAAUUCACCUAAGACUUGUUUGUUCAUUGCCAGCAUUAUUCCAUCCUCAAUUCCUGCUUGUUUGCUACUAUUGAGGGACUAUGGCGCACGCUGCAGCGAGCAUCAAAAAGGCUCGGUUGGAGAUGGAACAAGCUCCCGACCUGAAGGCAUUAGAGAAAGCCCGCGAGAAAAGGAGACGCUCAAGGGAAAGAGCCGAGCGCAGGCGUAAGUCGGACAGCAACACCAGUUUUCUUCGAGCAGCAAGAGCAGGAAAUAUCGACAAGGUGCUGGAGUAUUUAAAGGGGGGAGUCGAUAUCAGUACUUGCAACCAGAAUGGCCUCAACGCUCUGCACCUGGCAGCCAAGGAGGGACAUAUUGAGCUGGUCCAGGAGCUGCUGGAGAGAGGAUCUUCUGUUGAUUCUGCUACCAAGAAAGGAAACACUGCUCUGCAUAUCGCUUCACUAGCAGGACAAGGAGAUGUGGUGAAGAUCCUGGUCAAGAGAGGAGCAGACAUUAAUUCACAGUCUCAGAAUGGUUUCACUCCCCUGUACAUGGCCUCUCAAGAAAACCAUUUAGAAGUGGUGCGAUAUCUUUUGGAGAAUGGUGGAAACCAAAGCACAGCUACAGAGGAUGGCUUCACACCUCUUGCUAUUGCCCUGCAACAAGGCCAUAAUCAGGUAGUGUCCAUCCUUCUGGAGAACGACACAAAGGGCAAAGUCCGUCUGCCUGCCCUGCACAUCGCUGCCCGCAAGGACGACACCAAAUCUGCCGCCCUGCUGCUCCAAAACGACCACAAUGCGGAUGUUCAGUCUAAGAUGAUGGUUAAUAGGACUACUGAGAACGGGAAGAGUGGAUUUACACCGCUGCAUAUCGCUGCUCAUUACGGUAAUGUAAAUGUGGCGACAUUGCUGCUCAAUCGAGGGGCUGCAGUGGACUUCACUGCAAGGAAUGGGAUCACUCCACUUCAUGUUGCAUCUAAGCGGGGAAACACUAAUAUGGUGUAUCUGCUGUUGGACAGAGGAGCACAGAUUGAUGCCAAAACGAGAGACGGCCUCACACCUCUACACUGUGCAGCAAGGAGUGGACACGACACAUCAGUAGAGCUUCUACUGGAGAGAGGAGCCCCCGUGCUAGCCAGAACCAAGAACGGUUUGUCUCCUCUCCACAUGGCAGCGCAGGGUGACCAUGUGGAGUGUGUGAAGCACCUGCUGCAGCACAACGCGCCAGUUGAUGAUGUCACGCUGGACUACCUGACCGCCCUCCAUGUUGCCGCCCACUGUGGUCACUGCAGAGUCACCAAACUUCUGCUGGACAAGAGAGCCAAUCCCAAUGCUCGAGCCCUGAACGGCUUCACACCUCUACACAUCGCCUGUAAGAAGAACAGAGUGAAAGUGAUGGAGCUGCUGGUCAAGUAUGGAGCCUUUACUCAAGCUAUCACUGAGUCUGGUCUCACACCCAUCCAUGUGGCUGCUUUCAUGGGUCACCUCAACAUUGUUCUCCUACUACUGCAGAAUGGAGCUUCUCCUGACGUCAGCAACAUACGUGGAGAGACGGCUCUGCACAUGGCCACUCGUGCUGGACAGGUGGAGGUUGUUCGCUGUCUGUUGAGGAACGGAGCCAUGGUGGAUGCCAGAGCAAGAGAGAAUCAGACUCCUCUGCACAUUGCGUCACGUCUGGGUAAAACGGAGAUCGUUCAGCUGCUGCUGCAGCACAUGGCUCAUCCGGAUGCCGCCACCACUAACGGCUACACGCCGCUUCACAUCGCCGCGCGCGAGGGACAUCUUGAUGUCACAACAGUGCUGCUGGAGGCCGGUGCCACCCACUCAUUAGCUACCAAGAAAGGGUUUACACCUUUACAUGUGGCAUCAAAGUACGGUAGCCUGGAUGUGACCAAACUACUUCUGCAGCGACUGGCCCUUCCGGACUCAGCAGGAAAGAACGGUCUCACUCCUCUACAUGUCGCUGCUCACUAUGAUAACCAGAAGGUGGCGCUCCUGCUUUUGGACAAGGGGGCCUCUCCCCAUGCCACAGCCAAGAAUGGAUACACCCCACUUCACAUUGCAGCCAAGAAGAAUCAGAUGGAAAUCGCCAGCACACUCCUGCAGUAUGGAGCUGAGACCAACAUACAGACCAAACAAGGGGUGACCCCACUUCAUUUGGCUGCCCAGGAGGGUCACAGUGAGAUGGCUGUUCUGCUUCUGCAGAAAGAAGAGAAUGUCAAUGUACCCACUAAGAGCGGACUUACUCCACUCCAUCUUGCUGCCCAAGAAGACAAAGUCGGUGUUGGCGAGAUCUUAGUCAAGCACGGUGCCAACUUUGACCAACAGACCAAAUUGGGAUACACGCCUCUAAUCGUCGCCUGUCACUAUGGAAAUGCUAAGAUUGUUAACUUUCUGUUGAAGAGCGGGGCGAGUGUCAAUGCUAAGACAAAGAAUGGUUACACACCGCUACAUCAGGCUGCACAACAAGGCAACACACACAUCAUCAAUGUUUUACUCCAAAAUGGAGCCAAACCCAAUGCCGUCACUGUGAAUGGAAACACAGCUCUGGCUAUCGCCCGUCGCCUCGGUUACAUAUCUGUGGUGGACACACUAAGGGUGGUCACUGAGGAGAUUAUCACUACGACAACGACGGUGACCGAGAAACACAAAUUAAAUGUGCCAGAAACCAUGACAGAAGUGCUUGAUGUGUCUGACGAAGAGGGUGAUGACACAAUGACAGGUGAUGGUGGCGAGUACUUGAGGGCUGAGGAUUUGAGAGAUUUGGGAGACGACUCUCUACCUGGUCAAUACUUGGACGGCAUGAACUACCUGCGCUUCAGCCUAGAGGGAGAACAAUCUGACAGUUUGGACAGAUCCUACACACCCACUCACCAGAGCUACUACCCAACAAGGCAUUAUGGGAUGAUGGAAGAUAUGAUUUAUGCUAACCAGGUGUCUUCUCUAGCAAGACAGAAUGAAAAAGACUCGAACAGACUGAGCUGGGAAAAUGAAAACCUGGAUAAUGUAGCGCUCUCCUCAAGUCCCGCUCAUUCAGGCUGUUCUUCUCCAUGUCAUAACAAUGACAACAGCAGUUUCUUGGUCAGCUUCAUGGUGGACGCCCGUGGAGGUGCCAUGCGAGGGUGCCGUCACAAUGGCCUUCGAAUCAUCAUUCCACCGCGGAAAUGCAGUGCUCCUACUCGGGUCACCUGUAGACUGGUGAAAAGGCACCGUUUGGCGACUAUGCCCCCAGUGAUGGAGGGAGAGGGUCUGGCUAGCAGGCUGAUCGAGGUGGGACCCUCUGGAGCCCAAUUUCUUGGUAAGCUCCACCUCCCUACUGCCCCGCCCCCUCUGAAUGAGGGCGAGAGUUUGGUUAGCCGCAUUCUUCAGCUGGGGCCACCAGGGACAAAAUUUUUGGGGCCGGUGAUCGUUGAGAUCCCUCAUUUUGCGGCUCUGAGAGGGAUGGAGAGAGAGCUGGUGAUCUUACGCAGUGAGACGGGAGAGAGCUGGAAAGAGCAUCACUGCGAGUACACUGAAGAAGAGCUCAACCAGAUACUCAACGGCAUGGAUGAGGGACUUGACCCACCGGAGGAGCUGGAGAGAAAGCGCAUCUGUCGCAUCAUCACUCGAGAUUUUCCGCAGUACUUUGCAGUGGUGUCGCGCAUCAAACAGGACAGUAAUCUUAUUGGUCCAGAAGGUGGAAUUCUGAGCAGUACAGUAGUCCUACAAGUCCAGGCUGUGUUCCCAGAGGGGGCGCUCACUAAACGCAUCCGUGUUGGCCUGCAGUCUCAGCCUAUGUGUGCGGAUGUGGUGAGGAAGAUCUUGGGUAAUAAAGCCACAUUCAGUCCUAUAGUCACUCUGGAGCCUCGAAGGAGGAAGUUUCAUAAACCCAUCACCAUGACGAUCCCUGUCCCGAAGAGCUCUGCUGACCCAGUCCACAGCGGGUUUGGAGGCGGCAAUACACCUACAUUACGCUUGUUAUGCAGCAUCACAGGUGGGACUACACCUGCUCAGUGGGAGGAUAUCACUGGGACUACACCAUUAACAUUUACCAAUGAUUGUGUGUCCUUUACAACAAAUGUAUCUGCCAGAUUCUGGUUGAUAGACUGCAGGCAGGUGCAGGAGUCGGUUAACUUUGCCACUCAGGUCUAUCGAGAGAUCAUCUGUGUACCAUACAUGGCCAAGUUUGUCAUCUUUGCCAAGACGCACGACCCUAUUGAGGCUCGAUUGCGCUGUUUCUGUAUGACUGAUGAUAAAAUGGACAAAACGUUGGAGCAACAAGAGAACUUUGCAGAAGUGGCACGCAGUCGAGAUGUGGAGGUACUAGAGGGAAAGCCAAUCUUUGUAGACUGUUUUGGAAACCUGGUCCCCCUGACAAAAAGUGGCCAUCAUCAUGUCUUCAGCUUCUACGCCUUUAAAGAAAACCGACUGGCUCUUUUCAUCAAAAUACGAGACAACACGCAAGAGCCUUGUGGACGAUUGUCCUUCACGAAAGAUCCAAGAUCUUAUAGGAGUUUAACUCAUGGUGCCAUAUGUAAUCUAAACAUCACACUACCAGCUUACUCAAAGGAAUCAGAUUCAGAUCAAGAACCUGAUGAGGAGACAAGCCGAACACUUGAGAAAUAUACUGAAACUUCAACAGAAACAUUCCUGAAAACACAGUUGAUUCAAAACAAUCCUGCACUUGCAAGUCCAGAUUUACUCUCUGAAGUGUCAGAGAUGAAGCAAGAUCUUGUCAAAAUGACUGCUAUUCUGACGACUGAUUCCUCAGAGAAAGCAAGUCGUAUUCAAGGGGAUUAUUUAGAUAAGAGGGCGGAGGAGGUGUCAGCAGAGCCUUUUGAAAUAAUGGAAAAGGUCAAAGAGGAUUUGGAAAAAGUUAGUGAAAUUCUAAGGAGUGGAACAUGUGAGAAGGAAGAGUCUAUCAAAACAGAGAGUCGCCCUUAUAGGAAAGAUGAGGGUUGGGUUCUCCUAACAGACAGUGAAAUUGAAGAAGCCAAAAUGAUGGCUGCCUUUGCAUCUCAAGAAUCACUUCUAAAGGAAGUUAGAGUCAACCGAGGUUCACAGAGAUCAAAGGGUGCUAGCAACACUUCUGGCAUUCAGACUGUUUCUAGCGGUGAAGUUAAGGAAUAUCUACUAGAUGCACCUGAUUCUAGGCAUUUAUCCCAAGAGACUGCAGCGCAGCAAAGCUUCACUGAGGUUGUUCUGCGCAGAGGUGGUCGGAAAAUUGUUGCAACAGUAGCAAAAGACUCUAAACCUCAUACAACAGAAGUGAAAAAGCCAGUCAGAAAGAAAGGCCUUCAUGGACACACAGAUGAAUCCCAGUCAUGUAGUACAAAAGAAGGCAUUGUCAGUAAGAGCACCAGGAAGUCUUCUGAAGGGGAUGCCCUACUGCCUGUCCCUGAAGACCAAAAAAAAUCUCCUGUGUCACCAGUGGUUGAGGAGACGCCAAUUGGUUCCAUUAAAGAGAAAGUUAAAGCUCUUCAAAAGAAAGUAGAAGAAGAGCAAAAAGGCCAUACGAAGAAGAUAAGCCAGAAAACCCCAUGUAAAGGAGCUGAAAGCAAAGUGUCUUCAGUUGUCAAAGAUCAUAAAUCAUCAGGCCAGAAAAAAACAUCUGCUUCAUCCCAAAAACAGAUUCCCCCCAGAUCACCUACACCUGAGCUUGAGAAACUAGAAGAAACUAUGUCUGUAAGAGAACUAAUGAGAGCAUUUCAAACUGGGCAAGACCCCUCAAAAAGAAAGUCUGGCCUCUUUGAGCACAAGGGACCUUCCAUAAUAGAGCACACAACCAGUCAACAAGCGGCCCUACUCACAAAGUCAGCAAGUCUUCUCCAAGAACCCUUACAUGAAAAAGUGUCUCAUGCUGUAAAGCCUGAAGACCACCAUGAAGAAAAUAAACACAAAAUUCAUCCAAACACAGAAUUCUAUAAAGACUUUAGGGAAGAUUCAAAAGCAGAUCAAACAACAACUUUAAAAAAUGUGUCAAAACACAGCAGAGACCUAUUGCCUGAUAGUGGUACAGAGAGCUCUGACAGCCUUAAACAUGAUGGAUUGGUCGACUCGCCAAAUGCCAGUCUUGGUGAAGUGGAAGCCCCAGUGAGUUCUGAGGAAAGUUACAAACAUGAGGGCAUGGCUGAGACUCCAGAAACAACAGCCCCCCUUAAAGGCAAGACAAGUAAAUCAUCUGUUUCCUUUUCUACUGGGUUGAAGACAACUGAUAAACAGACAUCUGAUGAUUCAAUUUUUCACCCAGCAGUGGAUGAUCCUACAAAAAGUGAGUCCAUGUGCAUUCCUCAUGGCAAAGUUAUUAAAAUUGGGGAUGAAACAACAUCUAUUGAUAAAGACAUUGUUUCUGUAUCAUCAAAGCCAUCUAAAUCUCGAAAACUGACAAAAAGAGGAUCUGAAACAUUAGAGAGCUUUUUAAGUGAUGAUGAAACCUUUGAUGGUCAGCCAACAUCAACCUCUGCUGACUCCCUGACCUCAAGGGCUGCUACACAGGAUCAUGGUGGUUUAGUGCUGCCCCUUAGACACCAAGAUUCAGAGACCCUAAGUCCAGUAGCUGAUGACUCUUUUACCAUUAGCCACAAGGACUCUUUAGAGGGUAGUCCCUUGAUGGAAGACAACUCUUCCAAUCAAUCCCCAGACUCUAUUGAACCUAGUCCAACAAAGGAAUCCCCAUGCCGUGACUCCUUAGAAAGCAGUCCCAUAGACCAGAAAACCAACCUGGCUUUUCCACCUACAGUAGAACAACCCAGUGUGACCACAGGGCCCCUGACAUCCUCCAAAGCCCAUGAAAUCCCCCCAGAUAGUGUGUGUAGUAGAAUGCUCAGAGAACAGGAGGGUAAUGCCGAUGAAGACAGUUGUGAGCAGACAUCCCUGGUGACAAGUUCUGGUAAGAGUCCUCUCUCACCUGAAACACCGAGUUCUGAAGAGGUAAGUUAUGAGGUCAAUCCCAAAACCCCUGACCCCAUGGUCCCAAUUGUUCCCUUUAAGCCAUCAGUAAUUCCUGAGGAGGCAGUAGAAGAUGAUGAGUUGAAGUGUGGUCUGACACAGAGGAAAAUAACUCCAGAGGAAGAGAUGUUUAAAAUGGCUGCCAAAAUAAAAACAUUUGAUGAAAUGGAACAAGAUGCAAAAGACAAAAAGGACAUUAGGAAAGAUAGUGAGUCCUCUCAGACCUUGGUAGGGUCUGAUGCAGGAGAUAACAGCAACAAACUCUUUGGGCUUUCAUCCAAACAUGAAACAUCCUCUGUGGAUGAUGUUGGGUUUUUUGAGCACAAACAAUCCUCAGAGGUAGCACAGUCUAUUGAACCCGUCAUUAAAGUACAACCUCCCUCUCCUUUUCCAGCAGGUAUACAUAAGAGCCCCCAAACAGCUGAAGACAUUCACCAAACCAUGACCCACAGUGCAUCUUCUGCUGAAUCAACAAUGGGGACUCCUCAGUCUGUCUCAGACAAGCAUAACUUAAAGCCUCAAUCCCCUCAAGAAACUUACAGUGGGAAAUUUAAUGACAAAGAAUGUGUUAAUUCGGAGUUAGCACAGUUGAACAAAACUGCCUCUAUUGGCAACAAAGCUGCUGCAAAUAGAACUGAUGAACAAAAAGAGGAAAGCUUAAAAUAUUCCAGGGGAAGUCAAGAAAUGUACAGCCAUGAACAACAGAAUGAAGCAGAUAAUCCCCUAAAAAUCGGCAAGUCGCAUAGUCAGGAAGUACACAAUGUAACGGAUGAGAUUAAAGGUGAUCACUCGAGGCACACAGGGACAUCUUUUGUAGAUUUGUGUAGUGGCAGCCUAGAAAUUGAUUCUAUACCAAUGGUAAUUGGGCAAACAAAAGAAACAUUUAAACCAGAAAUAUGUAUUUAUGAUGACACAGAGGAAGAUGAUGCUGAGGAGGAACAUCCUAAAACUGAAUCUAGAGGAGUUACAGCAAAUGCAGGGACAGAUGCCUGGAGUUCAAUGCGUGAGAAUGAUGAUGCAUUUGCAGCAAGAGUAAGAGACGAAGAGCAAAAGAUCUUGGGCCUGGUGCUAGACCAUCACUCCCAAGGGGCAACUCCAGACACAACCCCAGGAAGAACACCUACAGAGGAGUGUACACCAACAAGUGAACAAAACCCAUUCCUCUUUCAAGAGGGAAAGCUUUUUGAGAUGACAAGAAGUGGUGCAAUAGACAUGACAAAAAGGAGUUAUGAGGAGGAAGGGUUUGCAUUUUUCCAAAUUGGAGAGCAACACAUUGAAGUAGGAAGGGAUGAACCUGGUAGAGCACCCAGAGAUGCAGUGAAAGAGAUUGGCUGCAACCUCUCCUUGCAGAUUAAGGCAGAGGAGGAUGAUGAACUCGCUAAAGAGGCUACUGAUUUAUCUGUCAAUCCUGCAGCUGAAUGUAAUCUGCCUGCAGAUACAAAGUCAGAUGCCUCAAAGACCAGAACGCCAAUCAAAUUGGAUGUUUCUAGCUCAUCCAAAUCCUCAGAAAAAGACCAAACAAUGGCAGGAACGGUAGAAGUUAAAUCAGGCAAAGAAGUGAAAGAGAGACAUUUAGUGUCUGAUCCUAGUUCUUCUGACACUGUCAUAACUAAUAUCCAGACCGCAGUGUCAACCGCUACUAGAUCAGUUUGUUCCAGACAGGACCAAGAGUCCUCAGAUUCCUCCCCAGAGGAUCAGCUUUCAAUUAUAGAACUACCCAAAACCCCUGAUAAAAACUCCCUUACCUUAGAAUCCCGAAGUAAACUUGCCUCCAAAUCUCACAAUGCAGCCACUUCAUCAUCUGCAACUAGAAAAAACACCUCCACCUCAAAAGAGGAUGAGAAACCAAAAUCCAGAAUCCCUGUUAAGGCCAGCUCCCUCAGGUCCGAAACUGGUUCUGAUGUACCUGUGAAGCAUGUAGAACCUACUAAGGAUAAGAGGUCAAAGUUGCCCAUAAAACCUGAAUCAAGGAGGAAAUCUGAGACAGACACAGGUCCAUCCAUAAGCUCCCGUAUAACAAAGUCUUCCAAAGCCAAGAGCUUCUGUGAAAGUGAUUACACCAAGAGACACACCAAAAAGGACCAGGGUCAUCCAACAAGCACUGACUUGGCCAGCAAAGUUAAGGCACUUCCAUCAAGACUACCAGUCAGGGGAAAGCCUGGUCAGCCAAUACAAACCUCCACACCAGCAAAACCUAAAAAGGUCCAGCCCACUGAAACAAACAAACCAUCUGUAGCCUUUUUUGAAGAGAUUAGUCAUGAGGCAGCUAAGGAAGUGAAAAGUUUGGCUCAGGUAGAGAAAGAAAAAGAGGCGGCUGGUGCCUUAUCUGAAGAUGAAAGCAGCACCAUUGAUGCCUCAGUAAUAAAGUGUCAACCAUUUCCUGACAUUCAAAUGCCUUUCCCUGAGGAUCCUUUGGUCAUUAGGCCCCGAUGGGACAACCCUGUUGAGACGCAGAUGGAACGAAUCCCAGCUGAAAAAGUCAGAAGUCAAGUAGAUCCACAAGAUGAGGCUGACAGGAAAGAGGGUCAACUAGCUGUAAUUGCUGACCACCUUGGUUUCAGCUGGUCAGAACUGGCUCGAGAGCUUGAAUUCACUGAGGAGCAGAUUAGUCAGAUAAGAAAUGAGAAUCCUAAUUCACUGCAAGACCAAAGUCAUGCACUCAUAAAGCUGUGGAAAGAAUCAGAGGGCAAAAAUGCUACAGAGAGCACUUUGAUGAGGAGACUUACAAAAAUAAACCGUAUGGACAUUGUGCAUCUCAUCGAAUCAAAGGUCAUCCAUUCCAGUCAGGACCAGUCAUCACACACCUAUGCAGAAAUUGAGCAAACCAUAUCUCUGGAUCCUAGUGAAGGUUUUUCAGCAUUACAGGAGGAAAUGGACAGUCCCAGGUCAGGUCAGCGAACAGAGGGCAUUCAAAGAGGGUCAGAAUAUGGGCCUCUGGUGGCAUCUGUUGAGGAUCUCUCCUGCAAUAUAUCUACCCUUAAUGAUAACCAUAAAGAGAGGUUGCAGGCUGACAAUGAGAAGAGUUCAGAAGUGGUUGGAAGCUCAACACAUAGUGGUUUUGAGAUGGUUGGACUGAGGCAACAGUUCCCAGGCACUAUCAAAAAAGGAGAUGAGAUGCCUGAAAUCCCUCCUCAGACAGUCACAGAAGAGCAAUACACUGACCAGCAUGGAAACAUGGUGAUCAAAAAGAUAACAAGAAAAGUGAUCCGUAAGUAUGUGUCAGCAGAUGGAGUAGAGAGAGAGGAAGUGAUGGUGGAGGGACCUCAGCAAGAAGGUGUCCAUGUGGAUGAAGCUGACGGGUUCUCUAAAGUGCUCAAAAGGACAGUGGUGCGGAGCGGGGGAGAUCAGACUGAGGUGACCUUCUCAGAACCUUUUGUUUAUGGAGGAGCGGCAGCCUCUGAGUUCGAGGAAGAGCCCGUCCAAGGUCGGAAGGUCAGCAAAGUCAUUAAAACCAGGGUAGUUCAAGGUGAACGGAUGGAAAAACUAAUCGGAGACCCUUCGCUCUCUAUGGAUCUCCCCUCAGCCAAAGACGACUUUGAAAAGGCUUUGAGCUAUGUAGGAGGCUUUGGGAAAGUGCACCUGCCUCAUUUAGUAGAGAGAGAGGUGGUGAAAGAGGAUGGAUCUGUGGUUAGAAGGACCCGCAUGCAUAAGACGCGCACACUGAAACAAACUGUAGUCAGAGAUGGCCAGGCCAAACAAACCCACCUGGAGCGACUGGAGGACACCCACAACACCCUGCGACCCGACAACCUGCAGCAGCAUCUGCAUCAACUGCUUCAACGCUACUGCACCCCGGAGGUGACCGAAGAACCAGACGCAGGACAAGAUUCAGAUGCAGGGGAGCAGGACAAACAAGAAUAAACCACAGAUUUUCGUUUGUGGUGAGCGUUUAAUCAAGACCUCUGCAAAAAAUGUUGCCGGGAGCCCUUUCUUUCCACCUCGGAGAAACGUCCCAAACAGAUCUUUGCUUCAAGACCCUUUUGGUUGUUCUUUUUUUUUUAAAUCUUUUAUUAUUUGUUUAUAAUCUGCUUUUCGCUUGAAUGUCUUUCUUUUUCUUGUCCCUGAGUUCUCAAUUUAUUUGAUCAUUUUGUGACCAAAGAUAGCUUUUCCUUCUGAAUUGUGGAGUGAAUUGUAUAAAACAUGGAUGUUUCUUUAUUUAUUGUGUCAUUUUUGGUUGCUGUGGUAGAAAGUUGAACUUAAAGGGACAGUUUGCCCAAAAAGGAAAAUGUAUCAUAAUUUACUCACCCUCCUGCCAUCCCAGAUGUGUAUGACUUUCUUUCUUCAACAGAACACAUUUGAAGAAAAAUGUAAAAUAUCUUAGCACAGUAGGUCCUUAAAAUGCAAAUGGAUGGUGAUAUGACCUUUUGAAGCUCUACAAAUCACAGACAGUCAACAUAAACGUCAUUCAUACGACUCCACUGGUUAAAUAAAUGUCGUCUAGAGCGAAACGAUUGCUUCUGCUGCUCAAAAGAUCAGUAUGGGUGGCUGUGGCUCAGGUGGUAGAGUGAGUCAGCCACUAAUCACAGGGUUGGUGCUUCGAUUCCCGGCCCACGUGACUCCACAUGCCGAAGUGUCCUUGGGCAACACACUGAAUCCCAAGUUGCUCCCAAUGGCAGGCUAGCACCUUACAUAGCAGCUCUGCCGCCAUUGGUGUAUGAAUGGGUGAAUGAGACACAGUGUAUAGCACUUUGAAGACCGCUAAGGUUUAAAAGGCGCUAUAUAAGUGCAGACAUUUACCAUUUAUUUAUGUACUUUUUAACUAUAAAUCAUUGCUUCUGGUCAGCAGCGGUAUGUGCAUUCACUUGAGGGCGGGGUUAACAACUGUCUCUCAUGUGACAUAUCCGCGUUGGCAUGUUACGGACGUAAUCUCUCGUUGUUCUCUCGGUUCAGACAUCCAUGAUGAGCACACGAAUGCACCAUUGUGAAUAAACAAACAGCGUCAAAUUGUGGCUGUCCGAUGGGAAAAACACGUAUCUCUACUUUUGGCAAUUUUAACUUUUUAUAGAUGGAAUGCGCCGAAUGACCUACUGGUUGAAUUGUGCAUCGAAAUGACCAAUGAAAAGAUGUUUAACAAGCAUCUCUAUUGGCCUUGAGAAAGGUCCAUCAAAAUCACGUCUGUCCCGCCCUCAUGUUUUGAAGAGCAUCAACUAUAGCGUCUGCUCAUCUAUAACAGAAGCACCAAGGUAAAGUAUUUUCUCUUGUUCUUUGAAAACAGUGUUCAAAUAUGUACAACUAUAAUAGGAGUCCAAAAGCAUAGAUUUGUGUAAAUAACACUAUUGUUUUUUAGUUUGCGGUGUAGUUAAGAGAUUGCCUACAUCGUGCUGGCUCUGUGAUUUUCCUGACAACCAAAGCCAUUCUUCUAUACACAAAUUAUACCAGUCAUAUACGGCUGCCAUAUUUACAUCUUCGCAAAACCGCAGUUUGUGAGGUGGACCCGAAAACGUCUCGAAACCGAACUGUCCACUCAACAACCGUACUAGGAACCCUAUUCAUAAAACUGAUUUCAAUCUAAAAUAGUAUUGAAAGCUCAGAUUAUAUCCAAAAAUAAAAUCUCUAGCAAUUGAUAACCAACCAACUGAGUUCUGGGAACACAGACAGUUGUGUUCUUUAAUUGAAUGUGCCAUUGGGACCCAUUUUUCACAUCAAAAGCGAUCGGUUUUCUGACGUUCAUUUAACCAGUGGAGAAGUAUGCAUGGCUGGAAUGGUGAUCUGGCAUACUGGGCAUUUUCCCGGUGUUCUGGCGCACUUUGGGGCCGAUCAGGGGCGGACUGGCCAUCGGGAGAACAGAGCAGGCCAUUGUGUCGGCCCCAAAAUGGACCGAAUGGGCCACGAUAAGCUAAAAUGAGCCACCGCGUUAUGCAAAGCGGACCACAAAACGGUGCCGCGAUAUGCAGAAAAGAACAGGAAACACCCCCCUAAACCCGAUUUCUCUUCCCAGCCCAGCCCUGGUCAUAUGGAUGGUGAUUAUGUUGGCUGGCUAUGAUUGUUGGAGCUUCAAAGGUUGUAUCACCGUCCACUUGCAUUUUAAGGACCUACUCUGCUAAGAUAUUUUUCAUCAAAUGUGUUCUGGUAAAGAAAGAAAGUCAUACACAUCUGGGAUGGCACGAGGGUGAGUAAAUGAAGAGAGAAUAUUCAUUUUUGGGUGAUCUAUCCCUUUAACAUCCCUGAUGAGAAGACCAUCUUAGACCAGCAUGAAUUUCCAGGCUGGUUUAUGCAGGUCUAGCUGGUGGACCAGCAUAGCCUUUCACCAGCAUUGUGUUGCUGGUUAAGCUAGUUACGAAGCCUCCAGUACACAUUUUAUGCUGGUGACCUUCAAUACUGGUCUUUUCAACAGGGAUGAUGACGAAAAAUUUGUAUGGGUCAAUUUGUUUGCUGACCUCAUAGUCAAGCCACUGAAGGUGUGAAGACGUGUAAAUAAUGGACAACAUGUUCUUGGACUUUGAUAGAAAAUGUAAACAAACAAACAAACAAACAAACAAAAACACCAGUAUACUCUACUGUCUUCUGUAAUCGCUAACUCUACCAGUGGACUGCUGUAAUUAUAAAAACGCCCAAUUACUUCCCAAAACCUCACAACAGGCCGAGAUCAAAUAUCAGUGCUUUUGAGCAUGUGAGUUCGUAACCACAGUUAAUAACGUGUAGUAACCAGAUAUCUGAAAUAACGGGCGAUUUGAAUGAGAUUUUUAUGUUUUUAAGAAUAAAUGCCAUGCUGUAGUCCUUCAUAAUCACCGAAUGCAUCUGAAUGGUGUUUUACUCUACGGAUUUUAAUAAUCAAUCCACUACAAUGGUGGAAAGAAUUGCUCGAGCUCACCAAUAAUCAGGCAUUUAGACAUUCUUGUGACAGAAAGUUUAUAAUGUCCACACAUCCCUUGUCAUUCUGUUUGACGUCUUUGUUUUGGUAUAACAGCCCUAUCGUAUUCUCACGAGUGGCAUUACCUGCUCAACCUAUGUACAGAGUACGUUUGUGUGUAUGUGUUAUCAAUUCUCUUGUGACGAUGACUUUAUUUUAAACUCACUAUAUUGAAUGUUAAUGUUUUUUGAAUGAAUGUUUUUAAAUUAACCUAAUUUUGACUUGUUUUGUGUAGAGUCCCAGUUUUAAAACGUUUUCCCCACAACUUUUACAGGAAACGGUCAGCCAAAAAUGUAUAUUCUCGCAUCAUUUACUCACCCUCAUGCCAUCCCAGAUGUGUAUGCCAUUCUUUCUUCUGCAGAACACAAAUUAAGAAGAAUA